AUGCAGAAUUUAGCACAGAAUGGAUGGAAUGAUGCGAGCAACAAUAAUAGUUCAACACAAGUAGUAGAUUCAAACAGUUUACAUCAAGGUGGUGGUGGUAGUGUUAAACAACUUGAUGUUAUAGAUGAUGUAAAUACUAGUUGUAUUGCUGCUCCAGUUGGAUCUGAGAGGACUUCUGAAAAAGAAUUGGAUUCGAAGGAUAUAAAAACUGUUGCAAUGUCAUGGCAUUCUCUUGCUAAUCCUGAUAUAAAAGAGAGAGAAGAUGGUUUGGGUACAGGUCAAUUACAUCGUCAAGGAAAAAAUUUCAUUCCAGUUGAUGAAAAAACUUUAUUAGAAAUACAAAAGAAAAAAGUUCCUAAUAAAAAAUCUAAAAAAUCCCCAGCAGUAGAAAAGACACCAAGGCGUGUUGAUAAACAUGAACGUGGUGAACUUUUACUAACAAUUAAUGUUGAACUUGAGAAAGAUUGCUCACAAACCAUUUAUGUUCAUGUUAAUGAUGAUCCUGCUGAUUUAGCAAAGGAUUUUUGUGAUUUAUGGAAGAUCACAAAUAUUGCAGUUGUACCCGAAUUAGAAAAAUUGAUUAGAGAAGAAAGAGAAAAAACCGUUUUGUCAAAUAGAAGAAAGCUAAGAAAAUAG